AUGGAUGGGCUUCUCAUCAACUCCGAAGACAUAAUAACUUUAUCCACAAAUCAACUUCUCGAGAAAUAUGAGAGGCCUCCCUUUGACCAGUCGAUUCGAGCCCAGCUCAUGGGUAUCCCAGACUCGACAAACGGCGACACGUUCCACAAUUGGGCCAAUUUGCCUAUCUCCCGCAAAGAAUUCGCUCGUGAGUCGGCUGAAAACAUGCGACGACAUUUUCCGACAUGCAAGCCGCUUCCUGGGGCGGAGAAGAUUCUGUCGACCCUCAGCCAGGCACGCAGUGCUUCUUCGGGGAGCAGAAUCGGGCUGGCAUUAGCAUCCAGUACCAAAAGCCGCAGCUACGAACUGAAGACCUCAAGGCUGGAAACGAAACGCUUGCUUGACUACUUCCGGCCUGACAGGCGGGUCCUGGGUGAUGAUCCGCGGGUGCGGCAGGGGCGAGGAAAGCCAGCACCAGAUAUAUAUUUCGUGGCGCUGCAAUCAUUGAAUUUGACGGCAGCGGCCUGUGGCGCAAAGCCCAUCUUGCCCCAUGAAUGUUUAGUGUUCGAAGACAGCGUGAUCGGAGUGGAGGCCGGAAGACGAGCUGGGAUGAGAGUUAUUUGGGUACCGCAUCCAGAUGUUGCGGUCGAGUACCAAGCAAGGCAUAAAGAAGUCCUGGCUGGGAGGAUUGGCAUAAUCGAGAUCGGAGACGAGUGGCAACUCGGGGAGCUGGAUGACGGCUGGGCCGAAAGUAUACCGAGUUUGGAGCACUUCGAUUAUGAGAAGUACGGCAUUGAGAUACCACCGUGA